AUGUUUUGUUCAAAGAGUAUAUUCUCGACAUUGGAUGGCAUCGAAAGACUGGACGACUGGUCCAUACAAAUGAUUAAUUCGUGGGCAGAUUUCCCACCAAAAGGAUUAUUUGAAGGAAGUCUUACGGACUUCGGAUCCUAUGAUCAGUUCGGCUCAGUAUUGUUCCCUGGAUUUGGUUCCCUAUAUUCCCCGACCAAUGCCUAA